UUGUAGAGAGAGAGAAAGAGAGUGAGAGAGAGAGGGUAAUAACUGGAAAGAAAGAAAGAAACAAAUUACAAUCAAAAAUCAAAAUCCCAGAUCUUUUCUUCGCGUUUCUGAUGUUGGAAUUGAGUCUCCGAGUUCCAACUUCCGAGUUUUUUCCGAGUCGUGGUUAGUGUGCAGACGAUAACGAAGACCAAAGAAGACUUUUUGAAAUUAAAAAAAAAUUCAAUAAUGAUGCCUACAAAUACAAUCUUUCGCCUCUUAGAAGCUCCUACUACCAAAUGAUCGCAUCGGAUUCGCCUUUUCCAGCUCUUAUCUGGUUUUCAUGGAUUUGAACUUGCGAAGAAUGUCUCGGGAGUUGCCUCGGUACACCGCCCAAAGUAGUGUUGGUGGUAGUUUGGAAGUUGACCAAUCCAUCCAUGCAGUUUGCUCUUUAUGCCAAAAGAUCCUUUCACCUGAUAAUGAGACAACUGGUGAUCUUGAAAAUAUUAGCAUCUGUGGCGACUGCAAACUUUUGUUCCUUGAAGAUCUUGAUACCCCAUUACGCGAGUCUCGUCGGAGGCCGCCUAGAACCAGGUACAGCAGUAGUGAGUCCACAGAGAAUACUUUUUCACAACAAUUCUCACAUAUGAUUAAUCUGGUGAGGCAAAAUCAAUCGAAUGUCUCUGGACCUGAGGAUCCAUCAACAGAAGCUGAUCCUGCUAGUAGGUUAUUCCGGCGCACAAGUACUCGUACUACCCCAAGAGGGUCUAGAAGAUGGCGAAGGGUGCCCUCGGACACCGAGAGUGAUGGUUUUGAUAAUGUGGAUUCUCUAUAUGGUGAAAGUGAAUCAAAUGUCAGUUUUGGUCGGCGCAGGUUGUUCCACGGUGAGAGUGAUGCCGUUUCUUUUAGUACUUAUGGAGGAGACUCCGAUGCUUCUGUAGACUUGCAUGGUUUCCUGGAUUCCGAGAUGUUUAAUCAACCAAAUGAAGGUAGUGAUUAUGAAACUGACACGGAUAUUGAUCCAAUGCAUGCUGGGCUCAACCAUUGGAACUUAGAUGACCAAGGAGGAGAAGCAGAAGAAGGGGAAGAGGAAGAUGGUGAGUGGGAAGAAGGUGAUGCUGAGGAAGACGUGAUUCAAUCUACAGACGCCAUAGCUCGUGUGCAAGACUUUCUAUUUCGAAGUCAAGGCGGACAAAGGCCUCAUUCGCCUGAUUUUUUGCCUCGUAGAGCAUUCUUUGGUGACUUUGAGGAACCAACUUGGGUGCCUGCUCUUGGGGACCCUUCAGAUUAUCUUGAUGCACGAGGUUUGGAAGACUUCCUUCAGCAUCUUGCCGAGGAUGACAACUCAAGAUGUGGAGCUCCUCCUGCAGCUGUGUCCUUUGUGAAUAGUUUACCCCGCAUGGUCAUUAGUGAGGAACAUGAGAAGCAUGAUGACUUAGCGUGUGCAAUUUGCAAGGAUGCAUUAACCAUUGGCACUGAAGUGAAUCAUCUCCCCUGUGACCACCUUUAUCACCCUUUUUGUAUCUUGCCAUGGUUGAGCUCUCGGAAUUCAUGCCCCCUUUGUAGAUAUGAGCUGCCAACUGAUGAUAAAGACUAUGAAGAGGGGAAAUGUAACAUCAGGGGUAGAGUGGAGAUCCGUGGCAUCCGUCAAAAUGUGACUGAGGACAGUUCCGUUACCUUCUCUGAUAGAGAAGAUGAAGAGGAGCGUGAAUUUAGUGAAGGUAGACUAGACCAGAGAGAGCUGCUAGGUGAAGAGCCAGCAGUUAAUAGCUCCGGCAGAGAAAGCGGUAGAGGAAGAUGGUUUUUUCUCGCUGCUGCUCCAAUUGUCAGUCUUGUGGGCAUUGUUCUUGUCUUGUGGAUGGGAAAUGUGGGAAGGGGACCCUCGAGGCGCACUAUCCUGCCUGAACAGAACCGCCAACGACAUAUCCAUAUCUCUGGCUCUUCAUCUAACUGGAGUGAGAAUAGAGGCCGGAGAUGGUGGUCGUUGUUCUAAGCAGUUUCUCGAGUAACAUGGUAAAUACUUUAAUUGUUGGUGAUGGUUUUCUAGCCUGUCGUUUCAGCCUGAGACACUUACUCUCAUUGCUAUUUAACUUGGCUACAGAUCUUGACAUAUUGUUGUGUUGUUUGCUCUACUGUUUUUGCACCUUAAAAGUGCGCUAAAAUGAGUUGAAGCUUUUAAUGGAAAAUAUUUUCUGAGCUUUCAAAACUAUGUCGUGAUUUAAAUGAGUCUCGAACUCUGGCAUUUGAUUUUUACUAAUGCAUCCGUCAAUCCCCCACGGUUAUUUCUCGAACUUAACAUGGAAAAAUGAUGGUUACUCGGAUUAUGAGUAGUUUGUUGAGUAUGAGUUCUACAUGAGCCGUGUUACAGUCAAAAUGCAACCUUAAAAACAAAGCGACAGAGUUGCUUGUUCCUUGUAAUUAGUUUUAACACUGAAUUUCUGAUAUGGGUGUUUUGUCCCAAGGCAAUUUUUAAAAAUACCCCUUGAAUGGAGCCCCUUUUUAUUUUUACCCUUGACAGUAGUUUAUACAUUUAUACCUUUU